UGGACGCCGGUUUAGGCGGGGGGGUAGCCAACGCUGCAGCGGGAUCGGUGCAUUCCGUCAGAACGGUGCCAUUUCGGCCGCGUGGCGGAAAAAGAUUUCCGGGUGCAGGAACAAAAGAAAAUUUUACCAGGAUGACGUGUAAGACGUGCGGUAAAGAUAACCAUACCAAUCAGGAAUGCCGAUACAAGAAUUUUGCAUGCAGUAAAUGUGGGCGCAUCGGGCAUCUAAGGCGGGUGUGCCCAGAAAAGGGCGCGCGGCCGCCCACCUCCAGCUGGAGCGGCCAGCAACGAGGGGUGCACCAUGUGGAAGCGGCCCUGGACUCACACGACACCACACACGACGAAAACGAGUUUGAGGUCGAUGAAGAGCUAAACCAUUUGAGUUUAAACGGUUACAAACCGGUAUAAGGAUCUAUUUAAUGGCGGUUUGGGGCGGUUCACGGGCGGAAAAGCGACAUUGCGAGUGCGGGACGGAGCGGAGCCUGUAUUUUGUCGCGCGCGACCUUUGCCUUACGCCCUCAAGGAGAGGGUGGACGCGGAACUCGACCAGAUGCUCCGGGACAAGGUCAUCGAGCCGGUGGACACCUCGGAGUGGGCUACGCCCUUGGUACCGGUACGUAAAGCUGACGGGGGUUUGAGGUUAUGCGCGGAUUAUAAAGUGACGUUGAACCCGGCCUUACUGGUUGAUAGAUUUCCCUUGCCGAAAAUAGACGACCUUUUAGUGAAUUUAAACGGAGCUCAAGUUUUCUCAAAGAUUGAUCUGUCGCAGGCAUAUAAUCAGAUAGAAUUAGACGACUCGAAAAAGUUUACAGUUAUUAAUACACAUCGGGGAUUAUUCCGCUAUAACCGGUUAGUGUAUGGCCUUUCCUCGAGCCCGGGAAUUUUUCAACGUAUUAUGUCCACUUUAUUAGGCGAUAUACCACAAGUCGAAGUAUUUUUAGAUGAUAUAAUAAUAGGGACGGUAGAUGAAAAAACACACAUAUUGGUAUUAGAAAAGGUUUUACAAAGGUUGCAUAACCAAGGAAUAAAAUUAAAGAAAAACAAAUGUUACUUCUUUGUUCCCGAAGUACGAUAUUUAGGGUACA